GAGCACAGAUCUCAGCAAACUCAGACAAUGGAGUGUAACACAGAAGCUGAGCAAAACAGUUUCUGAAAACUCACCCAUUGCAACAACUCCUUCACUAAAUCCUGUACCUAAACUUUAGUGUUUGCUGCUCAAAACAGCCAGCCAAUCUGAUGGAAUCUAACUCCAAGGAAGAGAUUCCAAAGGCUUGGCUACACCCAUGCAAGGAUGGCAAACCCUUCAGUUUAGGCAGCUUAGAAGUUCAGGAGCUUCAGUUAAUUCUCUGAUUUAAUGACUUCAUCUUUUAUCUGUUCAACAGGCUCCUGCCAGCCGUCACACUUGCUGUAAAAUGAAGAUACUGAAGUGGACUUUGGGUGUCCUGCUGUUCCUGCUGCUGUCCAUCGGGCGCUGUACGGAACAAUCCACGCCCCAGCAGAGGCAGCCUCGCUCAGCAGACAGGGCAGAGGAAGGGAAGAAAUGCGGUUACACCUUCCUGGUCCCAGAACAAAAAAUCACAGGGCCCAUCUGCGUGAACACGAACGGCCCGGGCACGGGGAACAGGAAAGACGAAGUGACCAGGAUGGACAUCGAGAACCUGAAGGAUGUGCUGUCCAAGCAGAAGCGGGAGAUCGACAUCUUGCAGUUGGUGGUGGACGUGGACGGAAACAUCGUGAACGAAGUCAAACUACUGCGGAAAGAAAGCCGGAACAUGAACUCCCGCGUGACCCAGCUGUACAUGCAACUCCUGCACGAGAUCAUUCGCAAGCGCGACAACUCGCUCGAGCUCUCCCAGCUGGAGAACAAAGUCCUUAACGUGACGACAGAAAUGCUGAAGAUGGCAACGAAAUACAAGGAGCUGGAAGUAAAAUACGCAGCGCUCACCGACCUGGUGAACAACCAGUCCGUGACCAUCUCGCUGCUGGAGGAGCAGUGCCUGAGGAUCUUCUCGCGCCAGGACCCUCACGGGGCGCCGCCCCUGGUGCAGGUGGUGCCGCAGCACAUCCCCAACAGCCCCGUCCUGCUGGGGGGCAACGAGAUCCAGCGCGACCCGGGCUACCCCCGCGACAGAGACGUACGGCCGCCGCCGGAGCCCGCCACCUCUCCCACAAAGAGCCCUGUCAGAGUACCACCUCUGGCUCUGAUUAACGAGGGUCCAUUCAAAGACUGCCAACAAGCCAGGGAAGCUGGGCAUGCCAGCAGUGGGAUUUACAUGAUCAAACCCCAAAACAGCAACGAGCCAAUGCAACUGUGGUGUGAGAACAGCCUGGACCCUGGAGGAUGGGCAGUCAUCCAGAAGAGGACAGACGGAUCUGUCAACUUUUUCAGGAACUGGGACAGUUACAAGAAAGGAUUUGGGAACAUCGAUGGAGAGUACUGGCUGGGACUGGAAAACAUCUACAUGCUCACCAACCAGGAUAAUUACAGACUCUUGAUCGAGCUGGAGGACUGGAGCAACAAGAAGGUGUAUGCAGAGUACAGCAGCUUCCGCCUGGAGCCCGAGAGCGAAUUCUACCGCCUGCGCCUGGGCACGUACCAGGGCAACGCCGGGGACUCCAUGAUAUGGCACAACGGGAAGCCAUUCACAACGCUGGACAGGGACAGGGACGUGUACUCAGGAAACUGUGCUCACUUCCACAAGGGCGGCUGGUGGUACAACGCGUGUGCCCACUCCAACCUCAACGGGGUCUGGUACCGAGGGGGCCACUACAGGAGCAAGUACCAGGACGGAAUAUUCUGGGCUGAGUACCGGGGAGGUUCCUACUCCUUGAAAGCAGUUCAGAUGAUGAUCAGACCUAUAGACUGAGGGGGGAAAUCCCACAGCGCUCCCGUAUCGAAUUCUCAGUGUUUGAGCUCCAGAAAAAUAAAAUAUUACUUUUUAAUCAUUAUUUUGCACAACCUGCCCCUGCAAAAAGCAGGUCUACAGUUUUCCUGUCUUCUUUCCCCUGAAAAGUUCCCCUCUCCUUUAUUAGGAUCCUUCUCUACUGUGACAGACGGUGUUUUUUUUAAACACACAUUCACAAAAGCAGAUGUUUGUGCUUGCAAAGCAUAUUUAUCUUUUUUUCAAGAUCAUCAUGCUUGAUGUAAACAGUCAAAGCUGGUAAAAAAUUCCAGAUCUUUGACAAGAUAUAAGCUUUUCCAGUUCAAAAAGCU